GAAAAUGUAGCAUCCCGUUUCUUAUCCCAAAGCAUGACCUCGUGUGUCCCACAGGAACUUUUGGCCAUUGGAACAUUAAGAUUUAUUUUAAGCGAGGCCUUUGCUCAUCUUCAUGCUAUCAAUACGAUAAAGACAGAGCAGCUGGCACCUCAAACGUGGAUAACAUGGCCGGCACGUUCGAAACCCAGUCUUCCUAAAGGUGACCCGACGUUGAUCGAGGCCUUGCAAUACGCUUGUGACUGUCAUGUAGCAGCCGCAGAGUUCUGGUGUGCAACGAUAGUUGGUCGGCAAACUUCACAUAGUUCUGUGAUCUCGGGGAACGGGUUGGUGGUGCCAUUCGACAUGAACCUCAAAACGGAGGAAACCGAAGAGCUCAUUAUAGAUGAGGACGGCGAAUCAGCUAGCCCAAUGGUUGAUGGUCUGAAAGCACAAGAGACAAUGAUUGUGCGAUUAUACCUGGUUCCUGAAGACAUCGAGGGUCGUCGCACGAUUCGGUCGCUACCAUCAGGGCGAGCGCGCACUUGCCGGAAACUGGUUUACCGGCUACUGCGUGCAGUUAAUCCAAGCCCAAAAAGGUGGCAUUUAGCCGAUGACAGUGUGGGCAUGUAUGACGAGGCUGGAUUGUACGCAUACAAGCCAGUAAACGUCGGGCUUGCUCAGUUGUAUCAAUCAAUGCCAUCUCCUGUGCCAUUUGUCUUGGAGAAUAGAGCAAACUCCGCUGAUGCUUGGCUUGUGCAUCAAUCUCAGUUACUCGCCGCCCCUAACGGCAUGAAGACUCACCUAUUUACAUACCAAAAGAAUACCCUUUGGAAAUUAUUGCAACGGGAGAUAAUCCCUCAGAGGGUCCUUGAUCCCGAUAUGCUGGAGUGUCGAACUGCUGAUGAGGGCCGGCGAUAUUGGUUGCGUAUAAGUACGGGUCAAGUCUAUAAACAACCUACCUAUUAUGAAGAAGCCAGAGGUGGAAUAAUUUGCGAGGACAUGGGAACAGGCAAAACAUGUAUCUGUAUCGCUCUAAUACUUCACACCCGUCAUCAAAUAAGUGAACCUCCGAUUGACUGCUUGGGAGGAACUGUGCGGACAGAUCUAAACCGUCAUUGGCUCCACCUUGUCGAUGGGGAUAGUUCCGAUCUAUCAAAAGAGGCAAUGCCACCCUCCUUAAAGCAAUUGGCGGUCGUGAAUAUUAUAAAACAUCGUACACCAUUUCGCCACAAGAAAAACCGGCUCCCGGAUCCGCUAUACAAACUUUUGAGAUCUUCUCCUCCGUAUUAUCUCAAACAAGCUCGCCAAAGUGUACGCAUCAGCCGUAGCGCGGCGGAACCGCAGCCACCUGUUAAGAUCUAUCUGUCCUCGAGCACGCUAGUUGUAGUUCCUGAUACACUCGUUGAUCAAUGGCGCAUGGAGCUGAAUAAGCACGUGGAAGACAGAGUGAUCAAGCUCUUGGUAUUGAAAGAUAAAGAUGACACCAUACCAUCUGCGGUGGAGCUGGGGAAGUACGAUAUCGUUCUCAUGUCGCAUCCUCGGUUCGGAUUGGAAUAUCACCGAGGCGGGGGCUUUGAAUUGACAAGUGAUACACGAUACCGAUCACCUUUACUUGAGGUGCGAUGGCUGCGGUUACUUGUCGAUGAGGGGCAUAGUAUGGCGAGGAGGAAAGAAGGCUCACCCCAAAGCGCACUGGCAGCGAAUUUGGCGGCGGAUAGGCGCUGGGUUUGCACGGGCACUCCCAUGCCCAAUGUUUUGCACAGCAAUUCCGACGAAGAUGAGAAAGAUCUUCAGAAGCUCGGAUCCUUAUUAUCAGAGUUCCUGAUGGUCGAACCGUAUGCGUCGGCUAAAGAUACAUUUAGAACUGUGAUCGCUAAACCUUUUUUGGAGAAGCAAUUUCAUGGAUAUGAAAAAUUGAGAGAUUUGAUGCAUAGAGUGAUGGUGCGAAAUCGCCAAGAGGAUAUCGAGCGGGACGUCAAGCUUCCGGCUCUUCAUGAAAGACUGGUGAUGUUGGAUUUCGGACGCUACCAACGAAUUGUUCACAAUUGCUUGCUCAGCUUUUUUGGAACCAAUGCGAUCCUCAGUCAGAGGGAACAUCAAGAUUAUUUUUUCCACCCUAGUCAAAAGAAGGCCUUGCGCGAGGCUGUGCAAAAUCUCUUUUCGUCAUGCUUCUGGUAUGCGGUGUCCCAUUUACCUGAAAGUAUAGCCUCAACGGUUGAGAACGUUGAAGAAGGUUUGCGAUUUGCUGAAGAACGAGGAUAUAGCGCUCAGGACGUCGCUCAACUGAGAGCUAUCAAAGCUACUCUUCUUGAUGCCUUGAAUGACCAUUCGUGGCUGCAGGUUGUGAAGAAUCAAGAGGUGGUUUAUGGCGUCAGUCAUUGCCCGCCGACUCUGCAGACAAAGGCGGUUGUCGCAUCAGUGAACUUGUCUUCGCACAACUGUUCACAUGAGUAUUUGAUACAUGCAAAGAAUAUCGAAGCCUUCCGGAAGAAUGUUAAACUGGAGGGGGCCGAUAGCAGCGAGCAGCUUUGCGAGGAUGAGCCUUUAUUGGAAGCGCCCAAACCGAUAUCUCCUGAUUUCGAGGGUCCACAGUACAUAUCACCAGAACCGCAUACUACCGCCGACGAUGGAGUCGCCGUUCAAAUACAAUGUGAUCGAUCUGCUAUCGUAUCAACAUCGAGUGUGAAGUUGACGUACUUGGCAGAUCAGAUUAUAAAAUAUGCCCCCCAUGAGAAAAUCAUUGUUUACGCUCAGCUCAACAACGAAAUAUACUACAUUCAUGAACUUUGCCGGUUGGCAAGGAUUCGAUGUAUUUUGUUUCAUCGACAGCAGAGGGUGUCAGAACGCGCACAUAGCGUCACAACUUUCAACACAAGCGAUCAUGCCCCAGUCAUUAUCAUGGAUACCAGAUUAGCGGCCUGGGGAAUUGAUUUAUCAUCGGCAUCAAGAGUGUACUUCAUCAGCCCAGUUUGGCAGCACGACAUGGAACGACAGGCGAUCAAGCGGGCACAUCGAAUAGGAUGCACACGUCCCGUGCACGUUGAAACCUUAGUAAUCCGAGGAACUGUUGAAGAAGACAUCGUGAGAAGGCGAGGUGAAUUAGUGCAUGCUACGCAUCCAGCCAAAAGGUUGACAGACGAUGGAAAGAUGCGGGGCAUUCUCAGCUCAGCACUCCUCAUUCACUCUCCUGACAAUGACGAGCCUGCGAAGAACUUUGCGCGGCUAGAAACGCCAAUUAUCUUGUUAGCAGGGAAAUGUUCAGCAGCCGUUGAUUAUUACGCGCAAAAGGACACUCCCACGACCAGACUAAGCCAGGAAGAUGACCAAAGAUGCGACGCCCCGCGGAAACGUUAUGACGGAGAGGAGGAGGCGCAACUGCAUAUCAAGCGGACGAAGCAAAAUCCGAUGGGAUUUUCUGCCACCCAUGUAAACCGUAGGGUGCAGUUUACAUAAUGCGCUAAUAUCAGGAAACCUGCCAUAGCAGAAACUGUGAAGUCACAUAGACAUAGAAAAAGAACCAGAACAGGAUCCAAUUGGUGGUCCCACGGCUUGUCUGUCUAAUGAGGCUGUUGGUACAUAUCAAUAUUUGAAAAAGAUCUUCCACAAG